UGUCUGAGGAACAUUCUUAUAGUAACUGUAUUCUUGCACAGUUUCACGGUUUUAAUAUGUUGCUGAUUUCUUUUUCAGAUUAAUCCAGUGCAAUGAUGACGUCAUCGGCAUGUUCGUACUCCAUUGAAGUAACUGUCCUCUUCUCUGUCUACAAUUCGCUCGCCAUGAGGUAGAGGUAGAAUGGGCCGAGGGGGGCGCAAACUGGCGCUCUGUCUGGCCGCCACACUGCUUGCAGCGUGGGUGCUCUACCGCCUGCUGAUAUCUUGCGCCAGCUGGAAUGACCACAGACCCAUUAUGAUGCCAAGAAAUACAUACGUCUUGGGAGAGGACAGGAAGGUGUAUCCGUAUGAUCGGUACAUGCCACUGAUCUUCAUUGGUGGAGUGCCUCGCUCUGGUACAACUCUCAUGCGAGCCAUGCUUGAUGCACAUCCCGAAGUCAGGUGUGGCCAGGAGACACGUGUCAUUCCUCGAAUUCUCCAAAUGAGGUCUCACUGGCUUAAAUCCCAAAAAGAGAGUGUUCGAUUAGAAGAAGCAGGUUUAUCAAAAGAGGUGCUGGACUCGGCCAUUGCUGCAUUUUGUCUGGAGGUGAUCGCGAGGCAUGGAGAUCCAGCGCCACGGCUGUGCAACAAGGAUCCAUUAACAUUUAAGUCUGCAGCGUACCUGUCUGAGCUGUUUCCACAAGCCAAAUUUAUUUUUAUGUUACGUGACGGUCGUGCCACUGUGCAUUCCAUCAUAUCCAGGAAGGUGACCAUAACAGGGUUUGAUCUGACGAGCUACCGCCAGUGUCUGACAAAGUGGAACUCUGCAAUUCAGACUAUGUAUAAUCAGUGUCGCGAUGUGGGACCCUCACGGUGCUUCAUGGUGUACUAUGAGCAGCUGGUCCUGCAUCCUGGUGAGUGGAUGCGGCGUAUUCUUCAGUUCCUUGACAUCCCUUGGAAUGAAUCUGUUCUUCAUCAUGAUGAACUAAUCAACAAGCCUGGUGGUGUUUCAUUGUCAAAAGUGGAGCGGUCAUCAGACCAAGUGAUAAAGCCAGUAAACUUGGAAGCACUGGCCAAAUGGGUGGAAAACAUACCAGAUGAUGUAGUGCGGGACAUGGCUGACAUUGCACCCAUGCUAUCUGUUUUGGGCUAUGACCCAUUUGCGAAUCCACCGGCAUAUGGUUCACCGGACGCUUUUGUUGCUGAUAAUACGAAGCGUAUACGUGCCAAUAUGCAACUUUGGGAGAAUAGAGCUAAAGACUUGCUUAGUCCGCAACGGACGUUUCAAGAUGUGAAUAUCGAGGACUCGGCAUCAGAAGCCGCACCUGCUCCUGCUGCUGCGUGAUCCUUUCAUUUGAUUGGGUUUGUGUGUAACCAUUAAGCCAGAUCAUAAUUUGGAGUGUGGCUCUUCAGAUAAUGGCUGGAUUUAUAAGGACUGGCAGAAUUUACAUAAAGCAGAAAAUGUUCAUUCUUUCUUAUUCAAGACUGCCUAAUAUUUUAUGUUUGAUUUUAUAUAAUAAAAUUGUUAGGAACGAGUAUCGUAAGUGCGAAGACAACUCGGUUCUUCUGAAAUUCAGUUUAAGGAUCCUGCUUCCAACAUUUUCUUAUACGUUUUGAAAUGUUAUAUGUUUUUCAGUUGACAGUAUUUGUAUUCAUUGAGUUCUGUGUUUCUUCCUUCUACUUCACAUUCUGUCCUGUGUGGUAUGAUGUUUUACCUUCUUGUUACAGUUUUUAGUACUUAGUUUUGUCACUACAGUACAUCAAUAUUCCAUGUGAUGUCGCACUGUAGUACCAGCUUAUGAGUUACAGGAAGCACUGUUUUACUAGUACCAGUUAUAGAGGCUGAUGAGUGAGCUGGCAAUUGCUGUCACCAUAUUCUAGGAUAAAAAGUGAUAAAUUGGUAGUUCUUACGUCAUUGCUCAAUAUCCAUAUUGGGAGUAAAGUUUAAGAUCUCAGAUCUAUUGUAUUGCUUUUAUUGGGAUGCAUAAUUUAUGUGAUAUGACCACUUGUUUCAGAUUUGAUGAUCUGAGCAUUUUGAUAUUUUAAACUUUUAUGGCAAAUAAUUUCAAUAAAAUUCGCUUAGGUAAUUGGCUGCAUUACUCUUGAGCAGAAAACAAGAAUUUCAAAGACUGGCUCCAUCUACAAAAUGUUUCAUUUUCGUAAGUUCUCGCAUAAACCUAUUUGUUUUACACCGAAUAGCACAAGAAUGAAACAGAAAAUAUUUUUUUAUGGCUCAGUUUGAUACUUCUCAAAGAAAUUUAAUUUCCCUAAUGCAUGCCAUAGAUUUUGGUAGAUUAUAUUUUUAAGGUCAGUGUUUGGAUAAAACCAUUUUGAAUAUUUGGAUAAUGUAGAUGAGAUAAUUAUAUAUGAUAUGAAUGAGUUUGAAUUUUUCAUUGCUUUUCCAUGUCUUCAGCCUUCAACCAAAAUUGUAACAUCCAUUUUAAGAACUGCAACUAUUAGUGUAAUCUUUCAUUCAGUAGACUAUAAAUUUUGAAGCUGGCGUUUACAGUUCAUGGCCCACAUUGUGUGGUGACUCAUUUGGCUGAUGAGUGGGAUGAGAUACAGUGACUAGAGACUGAAGAAUAGAGGAGGUCAUGUUGAUUUAAUUUUAAUUAAAUUCAUAGCCAACAUUAUGUUAAAAUACCCUUUUAUAUAAGAUGUUUCGUAACCUUGAUCAAAGCCUCGGACAGACGGACCUAACAGAGGACCGAAUGGAAGAGGAGAAUUGAGGAGGCCAUGGACCGAAUACGGACCGGAGAGCUGAAGAAGAAGAAGAAGAAUACCCUUUUAUAUAAGUUAAGUUUUUUAAUGAGAUCCUUUGAAGCAGAAUGCAUGUACAGGUUGGUGAAAUGUUGCACGUUUCAAGAUAUGGUGAUUGGUAUAAUGUAAAAAAAAGACAGUGGAAGGGAAAAGAAUUGUAUUAGAGACUAUGGAAGCUGGAUCCAAAAAUAAUGUACUUACAUGGACUAUGAAACAUUGACCUCUUUCAUGUGUAUUUAUGAAAGGAAUCAGUAUAUCUGUUCUGAAGUUUUUGUGUGAAGUGACUGAUGUGUACAGAUUGAUAAAAAAUAAUUGUGACUGCAUUUUAUUGUUCCCUGUUACACAACCCUACCUCCUUGCUCAUAACAAAGAUAUGGGAAUUUUUUUUAAAUAAUGAAGUUGUAAGAUUAAAGUUAAAUGUUCAGAAAUAAAUAGGUAAAAGAAAUUAAGUUACUUAUUGUAAUGAAACACUCAGAAAAAAAUGGCCUUAAUCAGUUGUAUUGAACUGUAUAUUGUACAGAAAUUAAAAAUUCUUUGUUUAUGUUUGGCCCAGUUCGGAAACAUGGUGUUCUUCUAUCUGCUUAAAUACUUCUCAAAUCAUGGCCAUCUUUGGAAUCUGAACAUGUAUAGCUAUGUCUGAAAAGAGGAAUAAGAUGUUUUAAUCGCUUGCACAGAUAUAUGGUUAUAUUUUUUAAAUUAACAUCAAGAAAUCAAAGUAAUCUCAUUGUAACAUAUUUUUGGUGCUUUCUAGCAAACAUCUUUUGUGUAAAAUAUAGAGGGGAGAAAUUAAAUGUGGUGUCUUGAAGAUGGAGUAAGACAUUGAAAUAUUAAUAUUUUCAGAUUUCUGAUAUAUGGAUAAUCGAGACAUAAUGCUUCUGGUACAAUUACAUCUGUGCUGAUGAUACUGUUGUUCUAAUGUAAUUUUCAGCAUUUGCAUGUGACAUUGUGAUAAAAUGUCAGUCAUCUAUGCCAAAUAAAGAAAUUGUAAAUUUGUGUCGGUUCUAGUGUCCAUGUUGUCCCAAUAGAAAGUCUGUUAAGAUAUUUAUGUGAUGCAACUUCUUUCAUGAAAUUCACAAAAUUUUAUUUUUAUACGGUUUGAAGUUUGUCUUUUUAGCUCAGAGUCUGGGCCCUUAUAAAGCGGCUAUUUGAACGACCUUAAGACACAUGAGUGGGUGAGAAACUUCAUUACAAAUUGUUUUCAAAUGGUAUGACAGAGUUAAUCCAAGAAUAUGUUCACUGAAAUUUAAGUUUGUUUUGAAAGUUUAUAUAAACAGCUGAUGCACAAAUUUCUUUGUUUCUUUACAAGAAUGUACAAUAAAAUUUAGGUUAUUGUGAAGUUUAAAGUGAUUUUAAUAUAAGAGGGAAUUGAAAUAUGAUUUUCAUUGGAUUGCAACUUCUACUUUGCAGAUUAUUCAUAGCCGACAUCAAUUGAUCUUUCUAUUGAAGCUUGUGGUAUGCACCCAAUUACAAACAUUGAGAUAUAAUGAAAAUUCCAGGUGAAAUUUGAGCCACCUUCCAUAUGUAUAAAUUUGAACCACAUUUGUAUAUAAAUUAAGCAGUUAGAAAGGUGUCAUUAUAUCAAUAAUUAACAAGAAAGACUCUUAAUACCAAAUGUAAUCAAAAUCUGAAAUGGUAUUAUUACAAACAGAUGGAUCCACAGUUCAUACUGAUGAAUUAUAUAUAUGUAUUGUCUCAGGAGAGAGUACAAUGUUACUUUUUACUUGUUGCUUUUCAGCAUAUCCUGUUUGGUGCAGUAUUAAAAAUAUUGCUACUCUCAACUGUAUUAUUUUGAGAAAUAAUUAAAUUUUGAAAAAGCGAA